GUUUUGGAAUGUGAAGAAAUGAAGGAUAGGAAGAGUGUACAAGAGGAGGAGUUUGAGGAUGUGGUAGUAACUUUGGAUCUUUUUAUUAAGGAAAUUAUGAUUUUGAUAGAAGAUCCGAAAGCUUGAGUGUUGUUUUACUCUAGUUUUAAUAAUCCAAUUCUUAAGAAAAUUGAGAAGAUAGUAAGAAAUUGUUCAUCAGAAGAGGAGAAAAUUAUUGAGACAAAAGUAAAUCUUCAAAGCCUACAAGAGAAUAUAUAGAACAAAGGAUUAAAUACAUUAUUGGGGUUCAAUCAAUAUUCUUCGAACUGGGAAAGGCCUGAGGAGAUUCUUGGGUCACAGUUAUCUAUUCAAACAACAACAAUUUCUUUGACAAGCAUUUUAUACAAACAAUUUUGAAACAUUCUAGCCAAAGGUUGGUGUCUCAGAAGAAAGCAUCGUGCUUAAUUGAUGACAUUAAGAAUUUUGAGCUUCAUAGGCCUGAUAUUUUUGGAUCUCAAGCUAAAAACCCAGCAAUAUUAAGCAAUACAUUGGAAAAUAUCUCAAAAGAUAGAAAAUUCAUAGAUACAUCAGAUCCUUCCACAGCAAGUACUAGCAAUUGCUCAUGGACUAAUGACCUGAAAGGUGAGGAUCAUCUGCAAAAACCCUCCAGUGGAUUAAAUCAUUCUUCUGAAAAAUAAUUCAGAAAUGUUAGAAUUAGAGAAGAAGCUUAAAAAUGACAGUGUCUUCAAGAGUUCUUUGAUAGAACUUCUUGAGAAGCUUCCCAAACACUUCAUAAAAGCAUCUGAGAAUGAAUCUUUGAAAUACAUAAAUUCUCUUGAAAAUUUAGUCAACCAACAUCUGGACAAAGCAAAGAAGAGCAAGAAGGACAAGAUGACUGCAGCACAGAAGGAAAACUACUUUCUCUUUGUUAGAAACUAUCUAGUAAAGUAUAAAGUCACGACAGGAGUUGUCCUUGAUAUGUGGAGUAAAGAUAUAUUUGGAGACUCUAAAGAGAGAAUGGUUCAAAGUUACAGCGUCAAGUUUAACUUUGAACAACUGGAUCCCUUGAUACAAAGCCUAAAGGAUAUAAAAGAUAAAUUUAGAGUGAGAGGCUAUGAACUCAAGGGCGACUUCAAGCUUUAUGGAUCUGUUUGUUAUACAAUUAUUAAAAAAAUUCUUGAACAUUAUUCAGAACCAGUACAGAUACCUCCUACAUCAAAUAAAAAUCUGAUUAAAAAUAUUAACCAUAUCGUCAAAAAUUUCUACAAUAGUAAAUCAAUAAAGCUAAAGCAAAAGAAACUGCUCGAAGAUGAUAAAAAGAUAAAAUACUUAAUUUCUGAGAUUUUGAAAAAGAGAGAAAUUUGGAAAAUGACAAAUAACAAGUUUAUUUUCAGCACAAUAAUGGUUGAGAAGCAAUUAGCUGAAUUCAAUAAAUACAAGGGUCCAAAAAUAACUCCCGAUUUGAUAAAUGAUAUAAAUCAUGUUAUUGCUCCAUAA